GUGUGUGCCGUGGCGAGCGCCGGUCGCGCUCACGAGAGAAAGAAAGAUAUAGGUGCGUGUGGAGCUCGCUCGAGCCUCAGUUUCGUACCCAACAGCCAAUCGGCGAAGGCUCCAGUGCUCGUUUCUCGUUCGAUAUCGCACGCAAGUACAAAUUCAGAGCUCGGAUCCAAAGAGAGCGAGAGAGACGACACGCACACCUACGUAUACAUACACAUCGAAGCAGUAGCGUGUGUGUCAGUCUGCGGGCUCGUAUCAUAUACGUACAGAAAGAGAAAGAAAGAUAGAGAGAAAGAGAGAGAGAAAAAGAGAUAGGCUUUUUUCGUGGCCCAGCGUGCUCCAGUGGUAUACACACAGUAGUUUAAUAACGAGUCGCGCAGCAGCGAGAGCGUCCGUCAGUCAGACAGCUCCAGUCGAGCCGCCCGCGCACGCAGCUCCACACAACGCACGCAGAGACACGAGAGCGAGCACCUGCGAAUAUUUUUGUGCCAGUUUUUUUAACUUGUAUAGUGCCCACGGCAACGCUCCUUCAUCAUGUCCAAGACGGAGAGAAACAGGUCGUCCUUUCACUUGAGGGGUUUUAAUCCACAUCUGGCGUUUGCGAUCGGCGCCGCUGCGAUCGGUUCUGCGUUUCAACAUGGCUACAACACUGGAGUCGUCAAUGCGCCAGAAGCCGUAAUGAAAAGUUGGAUCACCGACAUCUCGAAAAGUCGCGACAACGUGACCGACCCCGAUGCAGCAACGCAGAAAAGUUACGAGGACCACGCGACCAUGCUGUGGGCCAUGGCCGUAUCGGUAUUCUGCGCCGGUGGUAUGUUCGGUGGAUGCAUGAUCGGCUGGGCGGCCGAUCGCUUCGGUCGCAAGGGCGGUCUCCUCAUCAACAACGCCCUGGUCGUGCUAGCCGUGAUCUUCGAAGCGAUAGCCAAACCGACCGCCAGCUGGGAGCUGUUCAUCGUCGGUCGACUCUUCAUCGGUAUCAACUCCGGCCUCAACGCCGGUCUGACGCCCAUGUACCUGUCGGAGAUAUCGCCGCUGAAUCUGCGAGGUGCCGUGGGUACCGUCUAUCAGCUCGUCAUCACGAUCUCGAUCCUGGUGGCUCAGGUCCUCGGUAUGAGCAAACUCAUGGGCACCGCCGAGCUCUGGCCGUACCUAUUCUCUUUGACCAUCAUACCCGCCGUCGUCCAGCUCGUCACUCUGCCCUUCUGUCCCGAGAGUCCCAAGUACCUGCUGCUCAGCAAGGGAAAGGAUAUGGACGCUCAAAGAUCUCUGACUUGGCUUCGCGGCACGAUCGAAGUUCACGAGGAAAUGGAGGAGAUGCGCAUCGAGCACGAGACCAUGAAGCUCACGCCCAAGGUCACAUUGAGGGAGCUCUUCGGGAACCCCUCCCUGCGCAUCCCCAUCUUCAUCGCCAUCAUGAUGAUGUUGGCCCAGCAGUUCUCGGGCAUCAACGCCAUCAUGUUCUACUCGACGAGCAUCUUCGAGAUGGCCAAUCUCACGGGAGAUAAGGCCCAGAAUGCAACGAUAGGCGUCGGCGUGGUCAACGUACUCAUGACCUUCGUCUCGAUGAUCUUGGUGGAGAAGGCCGGCCGCAAGACCCUCUUGCUCAUCGGCUUCUUCGGCAUGACCAUUGUCACGACACUCUUAGCUAUCUGCUUGAUCUUCCGCGACUACGAGGCAUGCUCGAUCAUGGCAGUCGUCUUGGUAAUCGUGUACAUCAUUUUGUUCGCGUCGGGACCCGGUAGCAUCCCGUGGUUCUUGGUUUCCGAGCUGUUCAACCAGUCGGCCCGGCCAACGGCCAGCUCGGUCGCCAUCGCCAUCAACUGGGCCGCCAACUUUUUGGUCGGUAUCGGCUUCCCGCCCGUAAAGGCGCUCAUGGACUCUUCCGUGUUCUUCGUGUUCGCCGGCCUCCAGUGCUUCUUCACCCUGUUCAUCUGGUUCAAGGUGCCCGAAACCAGAAACAAGUCCAUCGAGGAGAUCAGCAGUAUGUUCAGGCAGAGAACGUACCAGUAAAGCUCUGCGGUGGCGGCUGCGACCAUAAACUGCGAUUUUUCAUCUUAUAUUCCCGUUGAGUGUGUAAAAAAGCGCGCAAUCUCCGCGAGCAAGCAAGCGAGAGAGACGGGGCCGUCGUGCCGUUGCUGCACGCGUCCCUCGGCAAAGGGAAAGUACAUUCCUUUACCUCCUCGCUCGCUCGCUUUAUAUAAGUGUACAAUGUAUAAAUGUAAUAUCUCUUUCUCGUCGGAGUUCGAGCAUCGACGAGUGCGCAGCCACUGAACUGCGAAGCAAAGAUGCAAAAAAAAAACUGUCAACUUAGUUCCUAUGUGUUUUCAGGCACGCCGACGACGCGCGAGACAGAUUCCAGAAACUUUGACUGAAAUUUGGCGUCAUUGUUUCCAUUGUCAGUGUCUCUUACAUAUAAAUACAUACAUAUUUAUAGAAAUAUAGACAUACAUACAUUCAAACACGAGUAUACACACAUGCAGACAGACACGUAUAUACAAUCACACACGAACUUCGUCGAUCGAGCAUGUCAACCGCGAAAUUGAUCUUCGAGCGUCAAGUAUUCAGGCAAUCCGGACGAGACUAAUAAUCAGAGAUUUUCGAUAGGCCCGCGAGACGAACGACGAUGGAUUGCUCUAGGAAAAAUGUUAUCUUUUUCUUCGUUGUCGUCAUCGCGCUUUUUUAAUUAUCGUUAACCAACUUUUCUUCUCUUAUGAUUAUGCAAUUUUUCACGAGUUUUUUUACUGAAAAUUAUGAAAAAAAAAUAAUGUACAAUACGUUGUCUCUGAGUUUUAAUAUAUGCGCUUUUUUCUCUCCCGAGUAUAAUUGCAACGAUCACAGUUGUGCGCGUGUACAUAUUAUAACAAUAAUAUAAUUAUUAUAUAGAUAUGAUAAUCAUCAUUAUUGUCUCUUGCUUCUUCGGUCAAGCAAGUUAAUUUUUAGCCUUUAGUUGUAUUAGUUGUAUGGAGAAACUAAAAGAAAAACAGUUUCGUUUCACAUUCGAUGAAAGUACUGAAUCAGGCAUCAGAGUCACGGGACUGAAUGUAUAUUGUACAUACAAAACACGAGCAUGAAGCGCCGUCGAUUAUACACUUUUUUCAUAUGAAGCGAAAUUCGAAUGCUAAAAUGAUUUUUUAAAUUUAUUUUUUAGUUCAAUGACUGCGACACUUGUUUAAUUUUAUUCUUUUUUAUUUAUUGAUCGAUGUAAGGAAAUCGCAAUCAUCAAUCCUGCAGCAUAAUUGAGAAUUUUCAAAACAUAUAAGUGUCGCUUUUUAAAUGCAUACAUGGCGUUAUGUCACUGUUCAGCUUUUUAUAAUUGUAAAUUUGUGAACGAAAUAAUUUGAACGACUUCGAAAAGUCUUUAUAAAUUUGUUAGCCAACUUCUAGUCUGCAAUUUGUCAAUGAAACAAAAAUUAAAAAAAAAUAUUUCGUACACAAAUACAAAUGAGAGUGCACGUAUAAAAUGUUUUAGUUCGUGUCGAGCUCAAAGAAGAAGAGAAACAAUUUUACGAAUUCUAUGGCGGGUAUCCUAAAUAAGAAAGAUUUUGAAAGAGAAUAAAAAGAAAUUAGUUGAAUAUUUUAUUACGUGCCGUAAAUAUUUUAAAAGUAUCCGUGUCAUAAUAAUUGUAAAUAUAUCCAAUGUUAGACUAACUCUGUUGUAUAGUUAAAUAAAAAAAAUAUUCUAUUUCUAUAUGUCUAGUGCUCUGACCAUUAUUGAACGAAACUGAACAAAAUAUAUACAUCUCCCGGAGAGAUAUGCAAGCCAAAGUUGAGUGGUUUGCAACAAAAUCGUAAAAAGCUACAGUCUUAGACUGUCUUCGUCUUCGUUGUCGUCUCUAAAUGUUACGCAAUUUUUAUUGCUAAAAUUAAAUUCGUUUAACAAUGCUAAAUUAAUUUUUUUUUCAUCGUCAGUGAACUCUACAUUCGAAAUAUUCAAAUUUUUCGUAACAUAAAUUAAAAUGUAUUAAAAAGCUGCAACCAGAUUGACUAGUUUACGAUUGAAUACUAUUUUUUCCUUGUGGAUACUUUAAAACUAGUAUACUUAAACUUGAAACGCAGAAAAAAAGUAUUUAUAAAUAUUUAAGUAGUGUCAAAAAGGAAAAAAAAUUAGCCAAGAGGCUUAAUUUUUGUUUUGUGAAUUCAAAGCGAUUUGUAGAGAUUUUGGAUUGAACUUAUUACUAUAGCCUGACAGUUCAAACCCAAUAUUAUUAAGUAAAAAUUAUGAAUAAUGUUUAAAGUGACCAGCAUAUCGUGUAUUAAAAAGAUUUUUAAAUAAACUUGAAGCACUGAAAAUUUCAAACGAAAAUGUGUGCCUUGUUGGAAUUUCAAUUCCAUGCUACAUUUCUUCGGCACAAAAUCAGCGCAGAAACAUUCAAAAGUUCAUUGCCGCAUGAUUGUCGAAGUUGUUAAUUUGACUUUGCGUAAAAAGUGCCCGUGACGAAAAUCAAACAAAAUCUCUACUAUUGGCUAAAUUGAAAUUUUUUUAUAAAAAUUCGUUUAUUCCAUAAGUUUUGUUUGGUCAAUUACAACGUUGAUUAAUCCAUAAGUUGAAUUGAAGUUUUAUGCGCAUAUUUUAUUGUGUAAUCGCACUAAUGUAAAAUCAUUUAGAUUUAAAGAUAUUUUUACGACGUCUUUUUUAUAAUUGAGACCGGUAGAAAAAAAUCAUUUAUUGGUCCGAAUAAUACGCACGGAAUGUAUAUUAUGCAAUGCUAUGUUGACGAUUCUACGAAACCAAUCAUGAUUAAAUGUAUACUAUAUUUUUUACAUAAUAACAAUACGUUGUUUUACAUUUAAAAUAAAAUACGAUACUGAAUGCACAUUGUUAGUUACGACAUGUUGUUUUUAAUACCAUUUCAAGUGUAUAAUGUUAUUCGAUGCGUACAGACUUGUUGAAUGAAAACACGCGUAAUCAAUUGUGUUUCUUUAUCGUUGAGGAUCACAUACCGUAGAUUAUAAGUUGCGACUCCAUAGACUUUUUGAUGCUGAUAUAUGAAUAUGAAAUUGCGUAUAUUGUUGUUAAUCAAAUAAACAAAAUCUUCCAAAAAUAUCCAAAAAUAAUCUCUUUUAA